UAUUUGCACAAGACAGCGAACCGGAGGCGAAAGUCCUUCUCAUCAAGCGCUUGUACAGGGCGGUGGUGGAGUCGGUGCACAAGCUGGAUGUCAUCAUUGGCAGCAAGGCGUCGUACAGGGAGGUCUUCAAGCCCGAGAACAUCAGCCUGCGUAACAAGCUGAGGGAGCUGUGUGUCAAACUGAUGUUCCUGCACCCAGUGGACUACGGCCGCAAGGCGGAGGAGUUGCUGUGGAGGAAGGUUUACUACGAAGUCAUCCAAGUCAUCAAGACCAACAAGAAGCACAUCCACAGCCGCAGCGUCCUGGAGUGCGCCUACCGCACGCACCUGAUUGCCGGCGUGGGCUUCUACCAGCACCUGCUGCUCUACAUCCAGUCGCACUACCCGUGCAGAUGUUUCUCUGACCGACUUUUGAUAACAAGUCGUGCCUGCUAAGUUGGUGUUUCCAUGUCACCCGCAGGCCGGAAGAAGGUGCUGUCGGCCUCCCCCAAGGAAAUGGAGUGGGCCCAAAUGGCCUGUCACCGAUGCCUGGUCUACCUUGGCGAUCUCGCGCGCUAUCAGAACGAGCUGGCCGGCGUGGAGGCGGAGCAUCUGGCUGAGAGGUUCUACCACCAGGCGCUGUCCGUCAUGCCGCAUGUUGGGAUGCCUUUCAAUCAACUGGGGACGCUGGCUGGAAGCAAGUUCUACAAUGUGGAAGCAACCUACUACUACCUACGCUGCAUCCAAUCCGAGAGCCCCUUCGAGGGCGCUUAUGGCAACCUGAAGCGCCUCUUUGACAAGGCGGCUAAGAUGUACCAGCAAGUGAAGAAGCAGGAGAUGAAAAAGCUUUCGCCGUCUCGACAGAGAUCCAGAGACAUCAAGCGUCUCCUGGUGAGCUUCAUGUACCUGCAGAGUCUGUUGCAACCCAAGAACAGCCUGAUGGAGUCCGAGUUGACCUCGCUGUGCCAGUCGGUGCUGGAGGACUUCAACUUGGUGCUCUUCUACCUGCCGGCGGCACUGCCGCUGCGCGGCCAUAACGCCGCCGCACGCCACUCCCUCAGCGAGGAGGACGAGGAGCAGCAGCAGCAGCAGCAACAACAACAACAACAACAACCUGCCACCGAUGGCUCCUGUGCCGUGCUGCCCGACGCGCUGGUCUUCAAGAUGGUGGUGACGUGCCUGAUGGUGGUGCACAGCCUCAAGAGAGGAGGCUCAAAGCAGUACAGCGCGUCCAUCGCUUUUACGCUGGCACUCUUCUCCCAUCUGGUGAACCACGUGAACAUUCGGCUGCAGGCUGAGCUGGAGGAAACGGAGAGCCAGGUGCCGCAGCUGAACACGGACGCCACAGGUGAGUGUCCGCCCAGCGAGGCCAAUUUACCCGCACUGGGAGCUUCUCUUGACCAAUGUUUUAGCAGAUGGGCCCGGGACCGGCGGGACGGCGAGGAGGACGACGCCAAGGGGGCCGGCGGCCAAACGCUUUCUGUUGCCAACGGGCCCCUGGGGGCCAACGACGCCAGCAUCAGCAGCAACCUCCAGGCCAUGUCCUCGCAGCUCUUCCAGGCCAAGCGCUGCUUCCGCCUGGCGCCCACCUUCAGCAACAUGCUGCUCAGGCCUCAAGCGGCCUCCGCCGGGCCCACUUCCGCAGACGACUCCAUCGCCGCCGCGCCCUCCCAGGAGACCCCCUCCUCUGCCAGUCAAUCACCCUGCGAUGUGAACCAGAAUACCCCCAAUGGGGUCAAUGAAAAUGAUUUGGACUCGGACUCCGAAGGGAGCCAGCGCAGCGCCCCGUCGGUGCACAGCGAGAAGACGCUAGCAGAGACACCGGACUGGCCCUUGGACAAUAUUAGCAAAUACGGUCCCCGUUGUGAUCGCGGCAUGCCAUUGCUGUGCUUGGCAGAGGCCGACUUGAACCCAGACGUGACGGAGCUGCUGGGCGAGUGCGAGCGACCCGCGCUGCUCCAGACGCUACUGCUGCCCGAGGAUGUGGCGCUGAGGCACCUGCCCGCCCUCGCCGUUGCCCACCGCCACCUGGACUUUGCCCACCGGGGCGCCUCCCUCAGCCCGCUACAGGAGUGCGUGGUGCGCGUGUGUUGCAUCCGCAGUUUUGGCCACUUCCUCACCAGUCUCCAGGGCAACGUGCUGCACUUCAACCCGGAGGCCGGCAUCUUCACCAGCGUCAGCCAGUCGCAAGCCGACAACCUGCUGCAGCAGGCCAAGGCCCAGUUCCGAAUGGCUGAAGAGGAGGCCCGCAGAAAUCGCCUGAUGCGGGAUAUGGCUCAGCUUCGACUCCAGUUGGAAGUGUCUCAACUGGAGGGCAGCCUUCAGCAGCCCAAGGCGCAGUCGUCCAUGUCGCCCUACCUGGUGCCCGAUGCCGCCGCCCUCUGCCAGCACCUGGGUCUCAUCCGAAGUCUCGCCGCCAGCGGCUGCUUCAUCGUGAUCAUCCCCAGAACAGUCAUCGACGGACUAGCCAUUUUGGGUGAAAAACUUGAAACUCUGCAUCAGGACUUCGUUGUUCUAAUGGCUCCUUCAUGUUGCAGGUACAUCCGAUGCCAGAGGGAGUCUGGACGAAGUUUUGAAAGAGACAAGCUAAAACGUCAGGACCUCGAUGCCUGGCAUCUGUACAAAAUGGUGGACAGCUGCCGCCAGCUCACCGUCUCCCAGAGCAUCGACGAUGACACGGCCGGCAUGGUCACCCUUCUCACCGGACAUCCGGUGGACCAACUGUGUGAACGCUCGGCGGCAAUGAAGUCUGCCGUCCAGGCGGCGAGCUCAGCGGGCAUGGAGCUGAAGAACAUCGCAGACUUUUACCGGCAGUGGAAGGAGAUGGGCUGAGGGGGACCACGCAAAACACCGCCAAUGUCGGAUCAAUCACAACACUCGUUCUAUCUCUCUCUCUCUCUCUACCCCCCGCCCCCUCUCUCUCUCUCUUAAUCUCUCUCUCUCCCCUCCUCUGUCUCUCUCUCUCUGCCACUCUCUUUGCUCUGUGUGUAUCUGCGUCUCCAAAACAAAAUCUCAACAUGAAGCCGGACGGAUGGAAAGAGUUGAAACUUACGAAGGGAGUUGAAAUCCACUAAAACGAAGACGGGCGAACGCCUCCGCCCCGCGCGGUUCUUCGGCGGACGUAGGAAGUGCCGAGAUGCCAAACUUAAGCGUUCUGGCUGGCGCUCCGCUUCCCUCUCAAACUGGGAGCGCGCUGUAUAUGUUGAGAGAGAGAGAGACACGGUGCGUACACACACAGACUUGAAAUUGAAGUCCUUUUGGGUGUCGGUGGUUUCGCUCUCGUUGUUUUUGGCAGGAUGAGUGAUUUCCGUUGUCCGUAUCCAGAGAGAGAGAAAAACACAAGCAAGGCAGGCGCAAAAAAAAAAAAAAAAGCAAAAAGCAGCCAGCAACAGGCUGCCGUGGCCUGAGGGAAAGUCAAACCCGAAAAACAGCACUCGGAAGGGUUGUUAUUUUUUAAAGAGGUGCAGUUUCUCCUCUUGUCUUUUUUUUUUUUUUGGAGGGUUGGACUUCUAAUUCUCACACAAUGUCCGUAAGUUUAUUUGGUUUUGGGCAGAAAUUUUCAGGAUGAGAUUUCAAGAUGAACGCACGAUAACCUCUCCGGGUCAACUUCAUUUGACUGUGUCAACUUUUGAAUGGCCUUCUGGUUUUUCUCAACAUGGUGUUCAUUAAUUGGAAAAUAUUUUUUUUUUCUCAAAGUAAAAACUUUUAUGGGGGGGCAGGGCAUUUCUCAAUUUUUUUUUUUUUUUUGUUCUGAACAAAUUACUGGUAUACACUUCUCAAAAUAGUCCAAGUUCAUUCGCAUCACAUAAAAAAAAGCAACCUUUUCAUAGAAAAAGUGUAUAAUUGAAGAAAGCCAAAUUUGACCUAUAAAGGCUGAGCAUUUCAGAUUUAUCCUCAAUUACACCCAAUAGCCCAAUGUCCCUUUUUUUUUUGUAUUUUGUUUUUGGAGUUGUGUGUGUGGUCUGUGCUCUUGACAAAAAGGAAACAACAACCCUGUGAUCAAGCUCAUUCGGGUUUUAUUUUUGUACCCAAACAAUAAUGGUGUUAUGCAAUUUUUUUUCCGAUUCGAGAAUGUACAAGGGAAAGCAGUGUAUUUAUCAAGGUGUCACUUAUUAAAAGAAAAAAAAAAGCUAAUAUGGGUUGCUGUAAGCUCUGAGAGAAGUUGGAAAUGUCUACAUGAUGACAGACUGUCCAUUUUCGUGUGUCCUAUCAUACACCAAUAGACAAAUACAUUCGCCAAUAAAAACAAAGAUAAUUUAAA